AUGAGCAGGUCCAAGGAAUAUCAAGAGAGGCUUAACUUGCAAGCCAAACUUCAGUCGGCUUUUAGUAACAAUACUGCUGCGGUUUUAGGCUGGUUGAAGGAAUUAGAGGAAACCGAUAGAAGUGAAGAUCGUAUCGACCCAGGGCAUAGUAAACAAUCAGAUGAUCACACGGAGUUGGAGGAUAGCAAAAAGGCCUUUUUUGAACUUCCCGUCGUGCAGGUUGGAUCAGGCCUACACUUUAGCGCGCAAGAUGACGUUUCUACAAAAGAGGACAUACAUACGAUUGGUGAGUUCAUUGAGAGCGACAAAAAGUUAAGUUCAUUGGCGAAGAAAAAGAAACGAAACGACCAGGGCCCACAACGUAAUAAUAUGUACAUGAUAACUAAGGAUGACACCAAGGCAAUGGUUGCACUGAAAAGAAAAAUGAGAAAAGGUGAAAGAGAAGGGGUGAGGAGAAAACAUGAAGUGGCUACAUAUAGCAUUGAUGAUGAUGAAGAUGUAGAGAGAAUGCCACAGAAAUCGACAAAAAAGACAUUCGGUUUACUUUUCGACAAGAAAAAGAAAGCUCGCAAAUAA